AUGGAUUCCAACCAAGAAGAUCAUUUUGAUCGUCUUCCAGAUGCAAUUCCCCUCCUCAUAUGCAAUAAACUCCUUGAUGCUAAGACUCUAAUCAGAUGCCUCUCAGUCUCGAAGCGUUUUGCUUCUCUUAUUUCUCAAAUUGACACUGUUUUUCUUCCCCUCCCUCGUGUUGUGCCUGAUCCAAAACCCAGGGGUGGCUUACCCAAAAAAGUUUUCAAGGUUUUUGUGCAGAAUUUGGUCACAAAACACGUUCGAUUUCUUCACCAUAUCAUUUCUGCUAGACAUGCUAAAAACUUAAAGCCUAACCAUUUCUUAUACCAUUCCCCUUGUGGAGUUUUGAAAAACUUCAAUGGGGUAAAGACUUUGCAUUUAGAGCUACCUUGUAUUGGCUGUGACAUGGAAUUUGACGGUGGUGAUCAUUCAUUAAGAUUGCUCAAGUGGAAAGCUGAAUUUGGAGAAGAGCUCAAGUGUUGCGUAAUCCUUGGGGCAACAUCUUUUGAAAGGAAGAAACUUUCAUCAACGAACAGUACUACUGGAAACGAAGUACGUGAUGAAGAAGAACAAGAACAAGAAUGUUUUCAAUACUUGUUGAAAGAGAUUGUUGCAAAGUGCUGCACGCUUCAAAGGGUUGUUGUUACGGAUGUAAGCAAGCAAUGGAAGCUUUGUAUGGCUGAAGAACAUAUCGUUGAGUUGAGGAAUAUUAUUACUAUGACUCGAUGGGGAUGUUGUCGGAGAGGACUCCAAUACCAAAUUCGUGCAUGA